AUCAACCAACGUUAAGUGUUGAAAAUAAUCAAACUAUUUUCAACAAUGGUUAAGGAUUCAGUAGCUUUGGUGACAGGAGGUGCUAGUGGAAUUGGCUUAGCAACAGUUGAACAAUUAUUAGAAAACAAUGCAAGAGUAGUUUAUAUUGCUGACAUUGAUGCAGAGAAUGGUGAAAAUAUUGUUAAAACAUUAGUCAAGAAAUAUGGAAAUGAUCGGGUAAAAUUUUUAAAAUUGGAUGUAAUGCAGCUAGAAGAAUUUCAAAAUGUGUUUGAAACAAUUAUCAAUGAGAGUGGUCGAUUGGAUAUACUCAUUAAUAAUGCAGGUGUCCUUAUUAGCAGCAAACUGUUUGAUAUUAAUAUUGGUGGAGUUCUUAAUGGAUUAAAACUAGCUAUGAGAUUUAUGAAAAAAGGAUCAAAAGUUAUUAACACUGCUUCCACCGCUGGAUUAUCAGGGGCUGGACAAUUUCCAGAAUAUACAGCCUCCAAGUAUGCCGUAAUUGGAUUAACCAAAGCAUUUUCGACGAAUUAUUGGUAUGAUAAAACUCAAAUUUCCGUAAUGGCAAUAUGUCCAGGUAUGACAGCAACACCAUUAGUCAACAUUCCUAACACAGAAGAGUACGAGGAUUUAAAUAAUUUUAUAAAUCGGUUAAAAAUUAAUGAACAAUUAACUGAGAGUGUGGCCAAGAGUAUGAUCACGAUAUUAAAAGUUGGCACAAAUGGAUCAUUUUGGCUAGCAGAGAAUAAUAAACUAUUUGAGCUUGAAUUUCCAUGGUAUUUGAACUUAAUAAAAAAUGAAGUACCAUUUAUAGAAUCUAACUGAAGUAGGAUGCAAAUGCAUUUAAUAUGUGCUCGAUUAGUUACUAUAAACAGAAUAUACAAAAAAUUUUGUUUCAUCUAUUAUACAGACUUGAAAUAUCUAUGUAAAAAAAGGCUACC